AGUUUUGACGACGAUGAACCGGGAUCGGCCAUUAAAGAUAACAGUUGUCGGUGACGGUACUGUGGGCAAAACUUGCAUUCUCAUUGUAUACACCAAGAAUAUAUUCCCUGUGCAAUAUGUUCCAACUGUAUUCGACAACUUUUCGGACACCAUUGAAGUAGACGGAAAAUCGUACAAUGUUUCUCUUUGGGAUACUGCUGGCCAGGAAGACUACGAAAGACUGCGCAUUCUCUCCUAUCCUAAUACCGACGUGUUCCUAUUGUGCUACGCUGUCAAUAAUCGGACGUCAUUUAACCAUGUCUCAACCAAAUGGGUCCCAGAAUUGAGGCAUCACUGUCCUCAUGCACCCAUCGUCGUUGUUGGAGCAAAAAUGGAUGUCCGGAAAGAGGAAUCGACUAACGAGGACUGUGUUUCUUAUGCUGAAGGUCUCAAGAUGAGCAAGAAAAUUGGCGUGUUCCUCGAGUGCUCCGCCAAAACGGGGGAGAAUUUGAGACUGGUCUUCCAACAGGCCGUUCGGGCAGCUCUAAACAAACCAAAACCUAAAAUGAGAAAUUGCAGUCUGCUCUAAUCCGACGAUGUGCAGGCGAAAUAACAGACAAAUUCACGCAGAGUUAACCGGUCAAAUAAUAGAUAAAUAUAUUUCAAUUCCAAAUUUGUCCAACUUUUUGUGGCACUCUCUGAUUGACUUUGCAUUACAGUUGUUAAGAAAAAUU